UUGUGGGCGUGUCAGUGAUGAAUGGGGGCAUUCCUUUUCUUACGAGAGGUAGAUAUGAAUCAACUGCGAGAGUGUAUAAAUUAAUCACGGUGUUGAUGUUACUUUGAUCGAGAGGAGGCCGUCAUUACCGUGCGAUCACUGACAGUUACAACAUUACCAGUCCUGUGCUGCAUCAGGAGUUGUGUUUUCUUGGAUUGUUUUCACGAAGCUAAACUAAGGGACAUCGGUGUUGUUGUGUUCGUCUUUCAACGGGUUCAACAUGUUUCUUACCCGCCUAGCGGCCAUGCUUGUGGCGUUCAGUUAUGUAGCCCAAGCCCAAGUAACCAAGGACGCCGGAUGUGGCACCUCAAAAGGAUGUUUCACAGACUGCCAGGGCACGACCUGUACCUUCGCCAUCACGUGGCAGACGAGUAGUACCACCAGCGCCAUCUACACCAUCUCCGCCACUGUGCCCACCACAAGCUCCUACAUUGCUAUGGGCUUUUCUUCAGACGCCAGCAUGGGAGACGACACCGUUAUGGGCUGUACCUCUGGCAGCCCUAUCACGAAGUUCACUGCCAACAAUGUCGGCACACAUGUGCAAAUGGUUACUGAUACGGAAGUGUUAAUGAGCUCCUCAUCCAACACCGGCGGUGUACUCACCUGCACGUUCACACGCUCCAUCGCUGGCACGACGGCAGAACCACGUGCACUUGACCAGUCCUGGACCAUCUUGUUUGCCAGAGGAUCCGCCUCCGUUUCCGGCUCUUCGGUGGGUCUAAGUUACCAUGGCGACGACUACUUCGCCUCCAACGCCGCAGCAAAAGUCACCGACAAAGUCGACCUACAACCUCAGCCCCACGGCAACCCUAUGUACAAGGCACACGGCUGUCUGAUGGUGGUGGCGUGGAUCUUCUUCUCAAGUGUCGGCAUCGUGACGGCCAGGUUCUACAAGCCUAUCUGGACACAGUCACUUUGUUCGCAGAAGGCGUGGUUCCAGAUCCGGCUACAGGACAUUACCCCCCUGGAUAUUUCCCCCCCGGACAUUUCCCCCCCGUAUUUACCCAUCCACAGGUUCGUCAUGGUUGCCGCCCUUUGUGCUACCGCCAUCGGUUUUAUCAUUAUUUUCGCUGAGGAGCAGGAUUGGAGUGAUAUGGACGGAGAAGAAGAAUAUCUAGUCGGGCAUCCGAUAAUGGGCGUCAUCGUCAUGAUUCUUACACUAGCAAAUCCAAUCAUGGCGUUGUUUCGUCCUCACCCCGGCACACCCAAAAGGCCAAUUUUUAACUGGGCCCAUUUGUUUGUAGGGGUGUCAGCUCACAUCUUAGCAGUGAUCACAAUUUUCUUCGGCGUAAGAAUAUCGACUGCCUCAGUGCCGUAUGGGGCUGUCUACAUCCUCGCUGCCUACGUUGCCUGGCAACUGUGUGUGGAAAUAGUGCUGGAACUCAUCAGCUGCUACGCUAGGCAAAAAGUGCAUAAGGAAGAAUACGACAUGAGCAACCCUGGAGCAAAUGACACCAAAGCAGACACUGACGUUUCAGACAAAAAGAUCGAACUGAUCAAGAAAAUCAUCUUCUGUGUCCACUGUGUGGUCGUCGCUGGUCUGGCCGCAGCCGUCAUGGGGGUUAUCGGUGCUGGAGAGGGGGGAGGGGACGGGGACGAUUAACUAACGCAUGUUCACGUUGACGACGGUCUUGGGCGGCCAUGUUUUCUGACACUGCUACAAGUUUUUUAAUGCCUUAAUUUAUCACAUUUAACCACCAUGUGGGCGAUUGUAUUAUUUUUUAAUGAAACAAAAGAAAAGAAAUUUCACCUUUUUUUUUCGGCAGAAUUUUUUUUUGAAAAUUCCCCGAUGUAAAAAUUUUUUAAGAGAUGUAUAACAUCCAAAUUUGGUCUAACUUAACUAUUUCAGGGUAUCACGUACACACCACCAUUUACACAAUUGAUUGAUGGAACUGUGAUAAAUUAUUCUGCUGAUUUGUUCAGGGUGUGUAACU